AUGUCUCUAAGGCUUGGCACCCAAAUUAACAUCAUUGCAUCAUCGCCAGAAGCAGCAAGAGAAGUUCUUAAGACCCAUGACAGAGAAUUGUCAGGCAGGUUCAUAGCAAACGCUAUUCCACUGAUAAACCCAAAACUCAACAACUUCUCACUUGCAGCCGCCCCUGAGUGCAACGAUUAUUGGAGGUCCCUAAGGGCUAUUUGUAAAGCUGACGUUUUUUCAGCCAAAAUAUUGGAAUCACAAAAUCAUAUAAGAGAGAAGAAGGUGAGGGAGUUGGUAGAUUUCUUGGGUUCUAAGGAAGUGGACUUCAUGGACUUUGAGGGUAAAGGAAUUGGUCAAGAGCUAAGGGAACUGAUAGUUGAGGACUUACUUAUUGCUGGCACUGAUUCUAGUAGCAUGGUAACUGAAUGGGCAAUGGCAGAAUUGAUGAGAAACCAAGAUGUCAUGCAUAAAAUUCGUGAAGAAAUUGAAAGUGAAAUUGGCACAAAUAUUGUGAAAGAAUCCCAUUUAAGUCACCUUCCUUACCUAGAAGCUUGUGUCAAAGAGACAUUGAGAUUAUACCCUCCAGGACCACUACUCAUUCUUCAUCGUGCCAUACAAACAUGCCAAGUAAUGGGCUAUACAAUUCCUAAAGACUCCUUUAUUUCAGUUAACAUUUGGGCAAUAGGUCGAGAUCCUAUGGUUUUCAAUGAUCCAUUGAGCUUCAAACCCGAGCGGUUUCUUGAUUCAUCUUUGGAUUUUAAGGGAACUAAUUUUGACUAUACGCCUUUUGGAGCAGGAAGGAGAGGUUGCCCUGGACAACCUUUGGCUACUAGGCAAGUCCCACUUAUUUUGGCAUCAUUGGUCCACUCAUUCGACUGGUUUCUUCCAGGCAGUAUGAAAUCAACUGAGCUAGACAUGAAUGAUCAUUUUGCCAUAACAUUGAAGAAGAAGCAGCCUCUGCAGCUUAUUCCUAAAAGAAGAAAAUAG